AUGCAUUUACAAGGGGUUUGGAAUCAUGCUAAUAUUAGUCUGGAUCUCUUAAAAUUACAACAAGAAAUAGACGCCAUUAGUCAAAGUAUGUUGCAUUAUGAAGACCCCGGCGAUUUAGCCGAAGAGCUCUAUGGUGACUUUGAAGACCUGGAAACAGGGGACGUACACAAGGGAAAAUCAGACCCAGAUACUCAGAUUGAAGAUGUAGAAGAAGUUAAUAAGGAAGAAAUUGACCCCAGUACAGAGGAAAGUGCCAGGAAAAAGCAUUUGGAUAAGAAGAGAAAAUUGAAGGAGAUGUUUGAUGCAGAAUCUGAUGAAGGAGAAAGCACAUGUUUUGAUGAUCUUAAAGGAGAAAUGCAUAAACAAGCACAGAGUCAAAUGGAAUUAAUUCCCCAGUGGAAAAACAGACAAAUGCUCCAGUCAAAAACCAUUAAGGUGUCGUAUGCUCGCCCUAGCUCAGAAGCCAUCAAAAAUGCCAACCUGUACAUCAGGGGUCUCCCGCGGACCAUGACCCAGAAGGACGUGGAGGAUAUGUUCUCUCGGUUCGGGCGAAUCAUCAACUCCCGGGUCCUUGUGGAUCAGACCACAGGUUUGUCCAGAGGGGUUUCGUUUAUCCAGUUUGACAAACGGUCGGAGGCAGAAGAGGCAAUUACCAGUUUCAAUGGUCAUAAACCCCCAGGUUCCUCUGAGCCCAUUACAGUGAAGUUUGCAGCCAACCGCAACCAGAACAAAAACAUGGCACUGCUCUCCCAGCUGUACCACUCGCCUGCCAGAUGGUUCGGAGGCCCCGUUCACCACCAGGCGCAGAGAUUCAGGUUCUCCCCUAUGGGUGUAGAUCACAUGAGUGGGCUUUCUGGUGUCAAUGUCCCGGGCAACGCGUCUUCGGGCUGGUGCAUCUUCAUCUACAACCUCGGGCAGGACGCCGAUGAGGGGAUCCUCUGGCAGAUGUUUGGCCCCUUUGGGGCAGUCACCAAUGUGAAAGUGAUUCGCGACUUCAACACCUACAAGUGCAAAGGCUUUGGCUUUGUGACCAUGACAAACUAUGUAGAAGCCGCCAUGGCCAUAGCAAGUCUGAACGGCUACCGCCUGGGCAAAAUCUUACAGGUUUCCUUCAAAACCAACAAGUCCCACAAAUAA